CAAAUUACAGACAAGGAGGUGAAUGGACAGCGAAAGGUGUCACUGAAAUAACAAACUUCACAGGAUUUAAAAGGAAAAACUGAAGGACAGAGGAAGAAAGAAAGCAGCAAUCACAGGCAGAAUACAAUGCCUUAAAAGAGGGAACAGAUUCUGGACGUACACUAUUUCUUUCCCAGUGGGACUUUCAAGAUAGGGUUUUUCCCCUUUCCUCCGCUGUCAUCUUUCAAUCAUGGUGGAUCUGUUCCUGAACCGAGUACUGGUGGAGAACAACUGGGACCAGGAUGAGCUCAACACAGAGCGGGAGAUCAUCGGCAUCCUGGAAAACCGAAUUGUGAUGCUUUUCUUUGCUUCUGCGGAUUGUGGCAAAUGUCAAGAGUUCCUUCCUGUACUGAAUGACUUCUUUAAGAGGCUAAAGGACCCGGCUUACAUUGAAUACCCCAAACUGCUUGCACUCAUCUACAUCAGCUUGGACCAAUCUGAGCAGCAGCAGGAGAGAUUCCUCCAAGACCUGCAUAAAAAAACUCUGUUUUUGGCCUUUGAGGACCCAUACCGAAAAGAACUUCAGGCCAUGUUUAAGGUGCAGGAUGUACCAACAGUAGUGGUCCUUCGUCCAGAUGGCUCUGUCCUCUCUCCAAACGCCGUUCAGGACAUCUAUUCCUACGGCUGUGGAUGUUUCCGUGACUGGCAGGAGGCAGCAGAGCUUAUUGAGAGGAGCUUCAUGCUUAACGAGGAGUUUGAUGACCUAAACUUACGUAGCGCCACCGACCCCGUGAGACGACUCAAGUACAAGACAGAGGACGAUAAGAGGAAGAAGAAAUGGUGGAACUUAUGGGGGAAAGGUAAAGCUGGAGGAGAGGAAGAGGAAGAAAAAGACAGUGGGUGGGAUACGAAGAGAAAAGAAGGAGGUAAAGGAAUACUGUGGAGAAUAAGAUGAAGAGAAAACAAGAAUGCCAUUUUAAGUUUCUUUAAAAAACACACAAAUACUGUCUCUCAUGCUCUAUCUUUACAAAUGUGCUCUGAAAAGAACUGUUGCAUUGCUGAGGGGAAGGUUUAUUGACGUAUAAAUGUG